UUUAUGGAGUUACGAUACCUGCUCGUGGGAGGGGAAGAUGCCGAUGCCGGGCAAUAUGAGAAAGACUUGAUGACCGUGCUCAUCGAGCUCGAUGCCGUUCCGACUUUGCGUGGGGCUCGGAGGCAGCAGCCGUAUCUCACUGAAUUCUUCGGAAACGUUAUUCCAAGAGAGGAAAACGACGAGGAUCUACGGAAAGAGCGCUGCCGGGAGAAGUACGAUGCACUAUUCUUCUACCUCAGCAAAGUGCGCGCGUUCAAAGCCUGGGAUCAGAGCGCCAAAUCGCGGAUCACUGAGGAGCCAUUAAUCGAGGAGUUGCGGGAAGCGCAGAUCGAUGCGCUGCGAGCAGAUCUGGGAAGGAUUCAUGCUGAAUGCGAGGUGGUAUUCGCGUCCCAGAGUCUGCUAAAUACAGAUCAGCAGGGCGUGGACAGCGGAUCCGCUACCUUUGCCAUCAUGACUGUCAAAUCACUCUGUCUCUGUGCUACGAUCAUGCUGCACCAAGCCGUCCAUCACACUGCGAAAACAGAUCAACAGGCGCAGUCAGCGGCACAGGAACUGAUCAGACUUGCGCGAUUGAUGCGAAAAUUCAAAUGUCUUGCUUCCCCUUGCUCAAUCAUAUGGCCCCUUCCGGUUUACUUCGCGGGGAUUGCAGUCACCGAUGAGAUCUACUAG